UACAACUAUUUUCGUUACUGGUGCUUCAUAUUUCUAUUUUCAGAGAACAUGGAGGGUUCUCAUCUAGUAGGAUGAAGCAGAAGGGGGUUGAGGAGGUGUCCCUGGUGGGGGAGAGCGUGACCUACCUGGGAGAGGGGAACGCGAACCUCGUGGUGGCAAUCAGGGACAAAGAUCUUGUCAUCAGGUUUCCUAAGAGUAAGUUUGCUGAGAAAUGUCAAGACGAAAAACUGAAAGCUAUCUCCUCCUACCUCAACCUCGUAAUACGUCCUCUACUCGGAGAUAGGUUUCUCAAUCCUGUAUCCGUGGUUAAAAUAUCUCUGGAGGAUUUAGAGCUUGUAAAGAAGAAGGUGAGGGUAGAGAGACCGAUGGAAAGAUGUGUCAAGGAUAUAUUUUAUCCAAUGGGAAUUCUAAUGACUGAUCUAACCCGGCCUUCUCAACACUUCUCCACUCAUGGAAUAGGUUCAACGAUAUCUGUUGAAUUGAAACCCAAGAUGGGUUUCCUGCUGCCUGAGAACUGUUCACAUCCGUCCCUCUGCAACUUCUGCCUCAAGCAGUUCUACAAGGUGGAGCAGGGUAUUACAGAUACCCUAAGCGGAUACUGUCCCCUCGACCUAUUCUCCGGGAACAAGAUUAGAAUGUUCUCAGCUAUCAAGGCCUUGAUGCGAAGUCCGCAGAAUAACAUGAGAAUAUUCGGGGAUGGAGCUAUUCUCCAUGGGAAAGAAUCAACUGAAGUUCCAAGAUGUUCCAAGCUCAUAUCUCAAGUAAUUGAAAACGAAGAUGUUCUUGCUCAGGUCCUUGUUACCGCACUUAGCUCUGAGUAUAGGCCGGAUACGGUACAUACAGUCAACCCCAAUGAGUUCAACCCUACGGCCAUUCCACAUCUCAGUUCCAAACUCCUGGCUGUUGAAAAGAGUCAAAAAUCUCACUCGGUAAAGUCUGAACAACAAUGCAAGGUGGAAGAAGAUUUAAUAUCGUCUUCACACCCCAACUCUCAAACGAAAAUAUAUUGUAAAGCCAACUGUGAUAUAAUUAUUUGCUCCGAUCCUGCCGGUUCAAAUCUUUGCCGCCAAAAUAGAUCUGAUGAGAGCAUGAAUAAUCCACCACGUGAUAACCGGAAACCGGUACAGAAACAUGUCUGCUACUCCAAACCAGACGCCAUCUUGAAAAAGAAUUGUGGAGCUACGAGGUUGGAUUCUGAGGAUGAGUUGACUCCAGGUUCAGUUCUUCAUACUAUCCUGGAGUUGCAGAAGAUGAACAGUAUCACCGAUCGUCAAGCACUAGACAUCCUUGAGAGUUUGAUUAAAGAAGGUCAAAACCUGGAGGAUUUACAGAACCUGGUGAUCCAGCCUGCAGAGGAGUUGGAUACUGAACUCGUCUCGGAGUCCAUCCAACUUCUGCGUAACUAUAUCCUUUACGCAACAGCUAAAGAUCUUUCAAUGUUUAUAACCCUGCGGAAAUUAAAGAACCCGAAGGGGGCUAGUCUUCCCAAAAUCACGGUAAAUAAUCAGACAUAUUGCUUCAGCAUUAAAAUCAUAGAUCUGGAUCCGAAACAUGUUCACAGAAUCUCUAAGUACGUGAGUCAGAAAAAGGAAUGGUUGCGGAGCUGUACACAGACGGAAUAUUCUCUGUUCUCCCAAUAAAUAGGAUACACCCAU